AUGGGUCACACCUGCAGCGAGAAGACCAGGAAAAGAUCACGAAGUCCGAGAGAUGGUGCCAGGAAGAAGAGAAGUCGUUCCAAGCCUUCUGUUGCGCACGAGCAACAUGGUCACAUCAAAGACUCCGAUCGUCCACACUUCAGGUGGACGCGAAGUAUGUCACUGGGACCUGAAGGGCGGUACAAAGUCAGGGGUCAUUUGGGUGAUGGCACCUUUGGACGCGUGCUCUCGGCCAAGGAUCGCCGUACUGGAGGACAAGUGGCAGUGAAGGUCAUUAAGUCUGCGGAGCACCUUCGUGAGCUUGCAGAGGAGGAGGCGGAGGUGCUUUGGCGGAUUCAACGAUCUGAUCCUCCGAAGCUCAUGCAAGAGCUCCAAAGCGGCCCUGACAGGAGUGCCCUUAUUGUUCGACUCUUGGACAGCUUUUUGGAACCAGACGGACACUUUUGCAUGGUUUUUGAGCAACUGGGCACAAGCCUGCGCGACUUCCUGAAGAGGAACAGUGCCCGAGGAUUGUACUUGUCUGAUGUGCAAGUCAUCAGCCGGCAACUCCUCCAAGCCUUGGCCACACUUCACCUCCUAGGUUUCAUUCACACCGAUCUGAAAUGUCGCAAUGUGAUGCUACGUCACAGCAGUCACUUUUCUGCGCCUUCACCCAGGGAGCCUGGCCUUGCAACGAUGAGGCCAACCGACUGCAGUAUCUCCCUCAUCGACUUUGGUGGCUGUGUGCACCAAAGUGAUGAUUGCUCUCGCGGCCGUGCUGGUACGCGGCAAUUUCGUGGUCCUGAGCUGGUCCUCGGAUUGGACUGGGAUUCUCCUGUGGACAUGUGGGCUGCAGGCACAUGA